AGCUGGAAGGUCAGCAGCAGUCAUCUAACAUCAGUGCUGGCCUAUUUACACCCGGACCUCCUAGAGCUUUCCCUCAGAGGCUAUAUUCUUCACGCAGAGGUCUUCUCUGAAAGAAAUCCAUGCUAUGAACCAGCACAGAAUUCAAUUUGUCUGCUUCAGAGAGACAAAAGCCACAUAAUUUUCAACCUGUUUCCAGAGUCAAGAUAUUUAAAACAUAAAGUUAAAAUUACAUCUUGCAUCUCUCACUUAAAAUUGUAUAGCUGUGGCACAGAUUUCUUCACCAGUAUAAAAAAGUGGACAUCUGGAUUAAGAGCAAUGGAGCGGGAAAGAAUAAUUCGAGAUACCUUGACAUGCUUUAUCCAGUCCUAUAUCCCCAAUGCUGAUCUUGGUGGGAUGGAUGAAGUUGUCUUCUCCUACAUCACUAGUGUCUUGGAAGAGCUGGGUUUACCAGAGUCCUCUGAAGAGAACUUUGAUAUGGAUACCUUUGUGGAAAUGAUGGAGGCAUAUAUCCCUGGCUUUGCAGAAAUCAACAGUGGAGAUGUUUGUGAAAUGAUGUUUUCUCUCUCUGAAAGGCUCAGUAAAGCUCACAACCAAGAAAAGUUUUGCCAAAGGCCUGUGGAAGGCAUGAGCAAAGCACCCACAGAAGAGCUGAACCGGGGCAGCAAGCAGGGAGCAGGUGCACCUGAGAAGGAAAUACUACAUACGCCAGCAGAAGAAGCCAUAGCUGAGGGAGGAGGAGACCUGAAGGAUGGCGUGGAGCUGCUCCUGGAGAUGUUCCCAGCCUGCACUGUGAGCCAAGCUCAGACAGCGCUGGCCAUGGCACUGGGAAACCUUGAAGAGGCAGUGCAGCUCAUCAUAGAGGAGAAGGUGGAAAUCAGCCCAGUGGAUGCUACCCUGAAGGAGAUGGUGAGGCCCCGCAGAGCACCUAAGCAAGAGGAACUAAAACAGUUUAUCUUACAGAAAUACAUGAUGGUGGACAGUGCAGAGGAUCAGAAAACACACCGGCCAAUACCCCCAAAGGAGGCUCCCAAGAAGCUAAUCCGCUAUAUAGAUAACCAGGUAGUGAGCACAAAGGGUGAGCGAUACAAGGACAUGAAGAAGCCAGAGAGUGAGGAGAUGAAGAGAACUUACAUCAGCCUCAAACCAGCCAGGAAGUAUAAAUUCCACUGAUGGAUGUUCCCUCCACAUUAUCGUCCUCUGCCUUGAAUGGAGUGAUGGACCUGCAGCAGUUAGUGGAGUGCAGAUGGUCCCCUCCUGCCCUAACUGGAACUAAUCCCUGGGAGCCAGGAUGCUGCUUUCACCUCCCCCAGUUAGCACCUGCUGCCCUGGAGGGGCCGGGUUUGCAGAACCAGCUGAGUCCUAGGCACCCCCUGCUCCUUCAUGCAUGGGGGUUUUAAAACCUAAUGUGGGCUUGUGCUGUCAUGACAAGCUUUUUAAACCUGUGUGCACUGAUUGUACCAAGUGUCGCUGUUAAUAAAGAUGAUGUGAGCUUAUGUG